AUGCCGCUAUCACCCACAUCGCACGGAAACACCAAUAGCAGAGCGUUAAGAAACCAGCCAGCGCAGUAUACUACGGCCAGGCGGCCAACCUCCAGGCAUUCGUCUGCUUCGGCUCCCAAGAAUAUCCUGCCAUCUCUGCAUUGGCUUUUUCGCAGCAACAUCCCUCGCCAUCGCAACUCUUAUAUACCCGCUGGUGUAGACAUCCACAAACGCAACUUCUUCGGAAUGGGAGAAAUACUCAGUGUCAUAACCAACCCUGCCGAAACCGUACGCUCAUUAACUGAGUCGAAGAGACUGUUGGAGGAGGCGCGACGGGAGAUAGAGGAGAACAGAGAACGUGCACAGAUUCGGCCCAAGCAUACAUUCUCUCGCCUUCCAGGAUUCUUUCCUCGCAAGGCCGAGAUGACCGCGAUUGAGAGGGCUUUGGCCGGAGAACCGUCGUUUACCGUCGUCUUUGGUGCUAGCUCGGUCGGAAAGACCACUCUUCUUCGAGAAGUUCUCUCCAACCCUAAGUACCAUGUGUUGCAUUUCGACCUCCGUAUAGCCGGCUUCGCCGAUCUUGGUAGUCUCUACCAGAGCCUGAGCCAGCAAAUGGAACAAUACUUCGAGGAGAUCGCCAAGCAAAUGGAGGGGUAUGAGGACUUCGAAAAAGAAGCAUGGAGCUUCAAACAUGAUCGUCUGAAUGUCGAAAAACGCACGAUGGAUUUGCAGAAUGGAAAUGGCUCCAAUGGAAAGGUGAAGACAAGCGACAUCGCGAGGCUCAUGGAACUCUUUCAGAGCUCUCUAUUGAAAUAUUGGGAAUUCAAACCUGAAACGUCGCAAGACGAUCACUCCAAGAGCCGCCAUGGCGCCAACACCCGUAGGAAGAACUCUCAGGAAACUACGUCAUCCCAAACCCGAGUGGGGACUCCCAACGAUGCCUCUAGGAACAAUGUGGGGAAAAAGUCGAGGUGGAAUUUCUUUCGUAGUGGUCGGUUCAAACGCUGUUCUUCGCACAAGACCAAAUCGGCCGCAACGGAAAAUACGAGGGAGGUCCCCGAGAAAGAAGAAGAACGCACGAUCCCAGACAAGAAAAUACCAGUGAUCUUUUUCGACGAAGCCCACAAACUGCCAGCGUUGAUUCAAUCCUCUGAUACAAUGAAAUGCCUCUUGGAUUCGAUGCUGGUGUUAACGAAGCAGGAUAGGUUGUGUCAUGUCAUACAUGCCACGAGCGAUCCUUUCUACCAGACGUGGCUGAGGCAGCUCAAUGUCAUGCAACAUUGCAAGAUUGUUACAAUUGGCGACUGUUCGAAGAGCGAAACUCGCACAUACUACCGUGAUCACAUAUUACCCAACGUUCCUGGACACCUGCGACAAAGUCUUGUCUUCGAACGAUUGUACGAAGCCUUUGGAGGAAAGCUUGCGCAUUGGCAUGACUACAUCAACGAUUACAUCAACUCCAACGGGACAUUGGACAUCAAACAGAGUUCCCAUUUUCUUCAAGCUCACGCGCUCCUGAAUCUCCAUAUCAUUCACUCCUCCCAGUCAGACAAUGGUUCUCAAGACUCAAAAGACAAAGCGCGUCAAGCUGCAGGAAGUCCGACAUCGCGGCAUACCAAUGCAGAGUCGUUGCAUCCGGCGUUGGGUCCGGCUGGUUUCAAGAUAUAUUCUCCAUUGAAUCGGCCGCCAUCUUCACUUGCUGUCUUGAAUGACGGGUUCGCAGGUCUAGGAAGUGAGCUAUCUCGAUAUCUUAAGACGCAUUAUUCUGACUCCAGCCGCGCAGUGUUUCCAACGUCAGCGCCGUCAAACUCCGCCGAAUUUACCGCCAUGCACCUUCUAAAGGUCAUGAGCCGGAUCACUCAACCCGGCAACAUAUCUCUGCCCUACUUCUUGCUCUGCAGGGAGAUCGGCGUCCGCGAGGUUGACGGCAUGGUAAAGGGCAAGGUGCUGGAUUUACGUUGGACCGAUUGCGUGUCGAGAGAAGACAGGGAUGACCGCAGGAGCAGGGCUAUGGGAUCCGCAAGCGGAAUCGCAGCUCUUGGGACUCACGCGGGUGCGGAAAGUAGCGGAACCGCCGUCGAGCUUCUUCCACCACCGCCACCCAUCAUUAUGGAGGAUAGCGACGGGCUAGUCGACAUUUCGGAACGUGAGAUGCCAGAGCCAAGAUACACUGCUGAGCCCUACGCGGAGGAAGCGUACGGAGUCGAUGGGGAGGAGGAAGAAGACUUUAUCGUCGGGCCAAGGCUGGUUCCCAUUACCCCGAUCAUGCGAUUUGCAAUGCGAGAGGUGGUAGCCGAGUACGAAGAUACCCAGUCGGUCUCAGAGUAUGCAUCACUAUCCGAUGUUGACGAGUAUUAG